CUAUAGUUGGUAUUUGGACUUAACUAAAUUGAACGAGAUGAAUGCCAAGACUGAAUAUUCUGGACUGAAAACCUACUUUGACCUAUUCGCAUAAUUCCCAUAGUGUCUUUGUGAGUUCGGGUUGGGAGUCGGUUUGACAUGUUGACGCACGGGAAAUGUGUAGUGGUCAUUUUGUGUGUGUUGGCGGUCAUCGGGAGGUUAGGUGUCUAUGCUCAGGUCGACAUAACUGUGUGCACUGAUGGUGGUACAGAGUGUGACGCCAACGCCAACACCGCCUGUGAUGUAAUAGGGGAUCUCGUCUGUAAAUGUAUCGCUGAUUACAUUGCGCUACUAGACAACAUUGCAUGCACAUACGACUGCGGCGCGGCUCCUAAUCUUGCGGAUGGCUCUGCAGACUCUACGUCUCUGACAGCCGUUACGUACACGUGUAACGCCGGGUUUGAACUUGUCGGUACAGACACCAUUAACUGUCAGGCUGGAACUGGUUGGGAAUCACUCACAGUUACAUGCCAAUGUCCAGCUUUGACAGCACCAACGGACGGAACUGUGAACGCGGAUGCCGGACCUACAGCGGUUGGUGGAUCCGCCACUUACACAUGUAACCCGGGCUUCGAGCUGGUUGGGGUUGAUACUACGAGGAACUGUGUUAGUGGCACGGGCUGGGACGGCACAGAACCAACGUGUGUUGUCAGAGAUUGUGGCGCGCUGGACGCUCUCGUGGAUGGAGUACUCAUAUUACCGGACACGAUCGUGGGGAGUAUAGCCACAUAUGUAUGUGAUGCCAACUACCAAUUGGCCAACGGUGACGAGACCCGAACAUGUCAGAACGACGGUACUUGGUCAGGAACAGAGCCUGAGUGUAUAUAUGAUUGUGGCCCCCUUGCCUCCGCGGUACCUCUCGUAGUGACUCAUCCUACCACUAUUCUCAGCUCUGUGGCUACUUACACGUGCAAUGGCGGGUACGUGCUGGUUGGCACUGAAACUCGCACCUGCGCAGAAGGUGGUUGGGGCGGGGACGAACCCACAUGCUUGAUUGAUUGCGGUGCUUUAACCGCUCCAGCAAGCGGUGCAGUUACCCACCCAUUAACGUACGAGGGCCAGAAAGCCUCGUAUUCGUGUGACGCUGAUUACCAACUUGUCGGUAACGCCGAAAGAACGUGUCUCAACACCGGCUUAUGGGAUGGGUCGGACCCUUCAUGUGUUGAAGAUUGUGGAGCAUUAACAGACCCGUUGAACGGUGACGUAACUUACGCGAACACAAUCCUCAACGAGGUUGCGACGUAUACAUGUUCAGCCACCUUUAAACUGGUCGGCAAUGCCAUGCGCACGUGUGAAACGGGUCCAGCUUGGUCCGGAACGGAGCCAACAUGUACUGAAGACUGUGGCGCGCUAACAGACCCAUUCAACGGCUUAGUUACGUACGCAGACACGAUUCUAAAUGAACAAGCAACGUACUCGUGCUCGGCAGGGUUUCAGUUGAGUGAUGACAUCACGCGCACCUGUCAAGCGGACCACAAUUGGAGUGGAACCGCCCCGACAUGUCUGCCAGGAAAACUUGGUGACGACUGCUCAGUAAAAACGGAUCUCUGUGACGAAAUUGACUUCGGCGCAUGCGCAUCGGGCACCUGCACCUGUCUCAAUGGUUACCAGGACGAGGGGACUACUUUCAACUGCUCAGAAAUUGACGAAUGUUUGACUUCACCAUGUGAUAACGGCGGUGUAUGCACGGACCAAAUAGCAGACUAUUCCUGCGAAUGCGCAACGGGCUGGUCUGGGAAAAACUGUGACGUCAAUCCGGAUGACUGCUCACCUAAUCCUUGCCAGAACGGUGGCGCGUGUACAGACGGACUGGCAACAUACACAUGCGCAUGCGUGGCGGGAUUUGAGGGCGUAGAUUGUGAAAUCAACAUUGAUGAGUGUGUAGGCAAUGUGUGUGAAAAUGGCGCCACGUGCGUAGAUGGGAUCAACGAGUACACGUGCACAUGUGCAGCGGGAUAUGAAGGGCCACUUUGUGAGAUAGAUAUCGACGAGUGUGUAGGUGUCACGUGCAAAAAUGGCGGCACGUGUGAAGAUGGCGUCAACAUGUUCACGUGCGAUUGUGUCACGGGAUUCGAGGGCACAAACUGCGGAACGAAUAUUGACGAGUGUUCCCCAAAUCCGUGUCAGAACAGCGGCACGUGUGUGGACGGUGUCAACGCGUUUACGUGCGAGUGUGUGGAUGGAUUCUCCGGAGCCUUCUGUCAACUCGACAACAACGAUUGUGUAUCGCACGGGUGUUUGAACGGCGCCGCGUGUGUCGAUGAACCCGGCGGUUACUCGUGCACGUGUGUUGCCGGAUACAGCGGGAAUUUCUGCGAAACAAACAACGAUGACUGCUCUCCAGACCCGUGCCAGAAUAGUGGCGCAUGCGCAGACGGGAUCAACACAUACACAUGCACGUGUAUCUCGGGUUAUACAGGAACAAACUGUGAAACAAAUAUUAAUGACUGCAGCCCUAAUCCAUGUGAGAACGGUGCUUGCACCGACCUUGUCUUCGAUUUCACGUGCGCCUGUACAGUUGGCUAUACUGGAAAAACGUGCAAUGUCGAUAUCAACGACUGCCUGCCUCCGCCAUGUAAACACGGUGGAACGUGCACAGACAUUGUGGACGGAUACUACUGCACGUGUGAUGAUGGCUAUGAAGGAGACACCUGUGAAACUAAUAUUGACGAAUGUCUAUCCAAUCUUUGUAAGAAUGGAGCAACCUGUAAGGAUCAAGUGAACUCAUACAUCUGCCAGUGUGUGGACGGCUAUGACGGGACAUACUGUGAACAAAACAUUAACGAGUGUUUGGCUAACUCGUGUCAGAAUGGGGCAUUGUGUGUGGACCAGAUUAAUGGCUACGUGUGUAUCUGCCUGGAUGGUUAUACAGGGACUUACUGUCAAACAGAUAUCAACGAGUGUUCCCCGAAUCCUUGCCAGAAUGGGGGUUCCUGUACUGACAGGGUGAACAGCUACGAGUGUUCGUGUACGGACGGACAUACCGGCGACACAUGUAGAACUAGUCUGCUGGGCGACACUUGCUCGGAAGAUCCGGGCAUCUGUGCGAAUAUUGUGUUCGGGGAAUGCAGCGGCACCGAAUGUGUCUGUCAGUCCGGGUACUACAAGACUGGACCCGUCACGUGCAGCCCCGUAGACUGCGGGACACUGGCACCCCCGGAUAACGGCGCUGUUGACCACACCGACGGCACAACGUACACGAAGAUCGCACUUUUCACGUGCAUCACGGGAUAUGCGCGGAGCGGUGUCGCCUCUGUCACAUGCCAGAACGAUGGUUCUUGGAGCGGCACAGCGCCCGUUUGUGAAGAGGUGAACGAGUGUGGUUCGAAUCCUUGCAAAAAUGGCGGCACGUGUAAUGACAUGUUGAACGGGUACACGUGCACGUGCUUGAGUGGGUUCGGAGGCACCCUGUGUGUUCAAGAUUGUGGAGUCCCGGCAUCCACCGAAAACGGCGCCGUCACCUAUCCUGACGGGACGCUAGUUGGCGCAACCGCGACAUAUGCAUGUACUGGCGGUUAUACGUUAAGUGGGUCGGCGAACAGCGAUUGUCAGACGGACGGGACGUGGUCAGACCACGGUGUCUGCUUUGUGGUGGGUGUAAUCUACAACGGUAUAUGUCACGUGACGGCACAGUGCGCCACUACGCACGCCACCUGUCGGAACGACGGCCUCAGCUCCCUCCGGUGCCUGUGCGCAGCUUCCGGUGAAUUUUAUGACCCGGAUAUAGAUGCAUGUCUCCUAGAUUGCGGUGCCCUGACAAGCCCCACCAAUGGAGAGGUCGUGAAUCCGUCGGUAACCGCCGUCGGCCAGGUAGCCACGUACGCGUGCUUCGUCGGAUACGGUCUCGUCGGCUCCAAAGUGCGCACGUGCCAGUCGAACGGUGCGUGGAGCGGCUCCGCGCCCAUUUGCGUGUUCGGUUGCGAAGAGCCCGUGAUUCCCGCGAACGGACGCGUGAACACUACUGAGGGGCUGGCCGUGGGUCACACUAUAUAUUACUCGUGCGUGGACGGAUACGAGUUGGUCGGCCAAGAGGAGAGAAUCUGUGAGGCCUCGUCCACGUGGAGCGGCACGGCACCCACGUGCCUUAUAAAAUGCCCAAUCAUCGGGAAUAUCGAGAACGGCAAAGUCGACAUGUCCUGGGGUCGGCACGAGGGGUCACUCGCUACAUUCGCUUGUAACACAAACUACGCCCUCGUCGGUGACCCAAUUAUCACGUGCGAGGAUACGGGCGUCUGGGGUGGAAUACAGCCAACCUGCGUGUUUGCGAUGUUUCCGGAUAUCAUACUGGCGUUUGGUGCCAUCUUAAUUCUACUGAUCAUAGUAGAUAUCUUUGUAGUCGGUAUAUGCCUCUACUACCGCUACUAUCGAGCACCGAUAUCACAAAAUCUGCAUCCACCUGACGUUUUUUCUUCACACCAGGAAAAGACGCCGACUUCCUCGGGAGUGAAGCGAGAGUACCCGGAUGUAUUUGAAGAGGAUGGGGUGAGGGGAGCUCCACCCAGAGAAAGCGUGAUGCCAGCGAACAUCCGGAGGCAGAAGUUCGCUAAGGUGAUGCCAGACAACGGCGGUUUCCACCCGCCGCCUGCGCGACCGGAGGAGCCGAACGUGGUGUACCGGUCCACGAUGAAGAUGAACGACACGGUUCUAGGGAACAUCUUCUCAAAGGGCAGCAAGUACCGGCGGCCGGAGGAUGAGGAGAGGACGCCAUACUUGGACGACGAACAGAUGAACGACAAUGGAUACGGCACCGCCGGAAGUCACUCUCUGGAGUUGUCACGCUCGGAUGACUUCGACAAGCAUCUUGAAGUCACACACUCCACACCUGGUCCCGGGGGCAAAUCCCCGAGGGAAACGCGUAAAACCAUCGUCGAAGAACCGGAAAUAGUGGAACAAGAGGAGGAUGAAGAAGAUCGUUUUCGGUUCCGUAUGCGCGCGCCUCCAGCAAACAUCACAGAAUCGCUUUUUAAUGACAAAGACAUGUUGCCUUCGGACAGACGAGCGAAGAGCGCUAUGCCAGUGUACAAGAAGAAGUAUUAUUAACUUUGAUAACUAUACCUUUUUUGUAACUUUGUAUAUUUAGAAUUUUUACGAUAACCUGCUUGACCGCUACAUAUAUUUGUAACUUGUAAUAUAUAUUUUUUCGUGAUUUACUGCAACUCAUAUUCGUUCGAGGUUUUUUUUAGUAUUCGUGUAAAGUAGCAGUACGUGUAAUAUUUAUCAAUGUGAUUUUGUUUUCUUGCUUGAACAUUGCGAAUGCUAGACUAAAAUUUAAUAAUAGCAUCCUCCACUUUGUUUGCUAUUUCCAAACUGCUCUUAUGUACAUGUUCAUGUAAUCUUUAUACCAUAAUAAAGUCAAUAAACAUGU